AUGACUACCGCCAGCCCCUUCCUCCUCCUCCUCUGCAUCCUCCUCAUCAGCGCGUCCGUGUUGAGCAGUCCGAUGUGCAACAACCAGUGUUGCAGAUUUGUGGAAGGAUUCCCCGUCAAGCUCCGGCGGCUGCGCGAGAACUACUCCCAGAUCCGAGAUUACUAUGAGGCGAAUGACGACCUGGACUCGGCCCUGCUGGACCAGACGGUGGAGGACUCGUUCCAAAGCAGCUUCGCCUGCCACACCAUGAAGAGCAUCCUGGACUUCUACCUGGACACGGUCCUCCCGACGGCCAUCUCCGGGGUCACCGAGGACACCCGGGACCUCAAACCUCACGUGGAGUCCAUCCAGCUCAUCUUCGACGAGCUCAAGAUCGAUGUCGUCAAAUGCAGAAACUACUUUUCGUGCAAGAAGCAGUUUGACAUCAACAACCUGAACUCCAGCUACACACAGAUGGAGACUAAGGGGCUCUACAAGGCCAUGGGGGAGCUGGACGUGUUCUUCAGCUACAUGGAGUCGUACCUGGCCUCCAAACGGAGGGGAAGUGCUUCAGCCUGAGUGUUUUGUGUGUCUGUCCUGGACACGAUUGUUGUGAUG